AUGGCGUUGACGAAGUCAAGUAACUCUAAAAACCCGCAAAAACGCAACCAUUCCGAAAUUGACGAGUUAAUAGGUCGUCGUUCAAUCUUUCAGAUUCGCAAUUCAUUAUAUCCACCGAAGAAAAGAGCAAAAAAGCCAGUCCUCGGGGCAAAGUCUUCACUUCUACAACAAAGCAACAAUUGUAAUUCAACAUUUGAUGGUGAAGAAACUAUCAAACUUCUCGAAUCACAAGUUACUAAAAUCGAAGAAACUGUUAAUAACCUGAUCACAGCAAAUAAUAAAGAGACAAAAACAGUAUCACCCAUUAGUGAAUUUGGCUCAAAGUUUACUUUUUUAAACACUAAUGAGCUUCUCAAUUUAACAGCAAAUUUAGGUGAUAAUAUUUCUUCGAUAGGAUCCGUUAACGAGCAAGAUUGGCCGACGCUAACUACGACAAAAAGCAAAUCAAGACGAACCUAUUUGAAUGGCGCUCCUAUUAAUGAAUUCGGCUUGUUUCUGGCGAACAAUUAUUUCUACUUCAAUUUUGAUCAAUCUCUCCAAUAG